AUAAUAAUAAUGACGAAAGAAGGGAAUGUGAUACUAAACGGAGUUCCUCCGUCAAGUGUGGAGUUGCUCUAUCCCUCUCGGAAAAGCUAAGAAUAAUAAGAAAGAUGAGACAGAUUGGAGUUUGUCUCAGCCCCAAGUAAUCUCUCUUCCCUCUCUCUAUUUCUCUCCAUUCCCACUACCAAUCCACUCCCACAAUCCUCACUUCCCAAUUCAUUUCCCAGGGUAAGUUUAUGGUUUGAGAAUUUGAGCUCAUCUUUACUUUUGGGGUUGAAUUUGAUGGAAGUGGAUGGAGGAAGAAUCUUAAAAGUAUCUAGUGGUGCUCAAUCUAUACCACGACAUUCCAGAAAACAUAAAGCUUUCUAUCAAUUUACUCAGCAGAGUCUCCCUGCUUGUAAACCUGUCCUCACACCAGCAUGGGUGAUUACUACAUUUUUAUUGAUGGGUGUCAUUUUCAUACCUAUUGGGCUUAUUACUCUUCAUGCCUCUGAGAAUGUUGUUGAAAUAGUGGACCGAUAUGAUACUGAAUGUGUCCCAGAAGCAUUCAGAAGCAAUAAGGUGGCAUAUAUCAAAGAUAACUCGAUUCCCAAAAACUGUUCACGGUACUUGAAGGUCUACAAGCAUAUGAAAGCUCCAAUAAAUAUCUACUAUCAGCUUGAUAACUACUUUCAGAACCACAGACGGUAUGUCAAAAGUAAAAAUGAUCGACAGCUUUUACAUGGAUUGGGGUACAAUGACACAGGCUCCUGUAAACCUGAGGAGUCCAACAAUGGUCUUCCAAUUGUUCCUUGUGGUUUAAUAGCAUGGAGUUUGUUUAAUGAUACAUAUACUCUUAUUCGUGGAAGAUCAGAGUUAAAGGUCAACAGGAAGAACAUAGCAUGGAAGAGUGACCGUGAUCACAAGUUUGGGAAGAGUGUAUAUCCCUUCAAUUUUCAGAACGGCACCUUGAUGGGUGGUGGAAAGCUACACCCAAGAAUCCCUCUAAGUGAUCAAGAAGAUCUUAUUGUAUGGAUGCGGACAGCUGCGCUCCCCAGUUUCCGUAAGUUGUAUGGUAGAAUUGAAGAGGAUUUGAAUGCAGAUGAUGUUGUGGUAGUCAAUGUAACGAACAACUACAAUACUUAUAGUUUUGGAGGGAAAAAGAAGCUUAUUCUUUCAACAACAGGCUGGUUAGGAGGAAAGAACAACUUCCUUGGGCUUGCCUGCACUUCUGUUGGUUCAAGUUCCAUAUUCAUCUCUAUUGUCUUCUUGCUGCUCCACAUGAAAAAUCCCAGGAUUCUAUAAUUGCUGAAAUGGGUUACCUUCUCAAGUUUGCCCUGCUGGCUGUCAGACUCAUUCGGCACUGUAGGGAAACAACUUUUUGGUACAUCUUGGAACAACAAAAGCAUGUCCAGUUGAAGAGGCGAUGGUACUAUAUGCGUAGUUUGGAUUGAGUGGACUAAUGAAGUUAUGUGACCUCCAGACAGAUAGCACAUGUACUGUAAAACGUCUGGGUAAAUUGCAAAAUGUACAUGGAAAGAGUGAAAGGGGAUCAUUUUUUGUGAAAUAUGAAGAAGAAAAACAACAUCCGAGCCCCAAGGUAGUUAGGUACGUGUUAUACUUGCGAUAUAGCAUUUCUUUGGUCACUAAUGACUGAUGUUUCGCUGUAUUCUUGUACUAUA